UAUAUUCACAUUGGAGUCUCUGCGAGUUCAUUUCGGCACACUCUUAAGCAGGACGCCAAGGGCAUGAGGGCUGUCGUGGGGUAAGUCUCUCCCGGAUAUGACCGCUCGUUCACUGGCGGUCUUACCGGCAAGCGCCACCGUCUCCGCUUCUUCCACCCCUUCAUGUGGGACCUCUACCUUUGCACUCGCGCCGUUGAUAAUAGUGCUGAUUGCCAUUACACACUACCCAGAGAGCAUCCAGCGGCUAGGGGCGAUUCGUCAAUCAGACACCGGAUACGGCGAACAAGCGCACAAGAAGCAGAAAGAAUUCUACCGCCGGACUAACAAACGGGACGACCACGAGUUACAGAUGCUACGGUAUAACACUAUGUACUUUGACUCCAUUGUACAAAACGAAUUGCGACUAUGGAUGGCGACGAAAGCUACUAGUGACUCCGAUCAUGCGAUACAGACGGUCCGAUUAAGUGCAGCAAUUGAUGUAUACACCCACCGAUCAUAUAUGUGGGACUUUGACCACGCCUCGUCCCAAUAUCUCAAAGACCGGAAGAUCAACAUAUCUACCUGGCGCACCGUAGAAGAAGUGCAGGCCCGAACCGGCGCCACAGAUCUAGCAGCUAAGCUGGCACCAUUUGUACGGGAAUGUCGCAAGCGGAUGGACGGAGUCCAGCGGACGGAUAAGGACGUCGACCGUAUAGAUGCAGAGACCGACUGGGUGCUGAAUAUGCCCAUGAGUAUUCACCAUAGCGUCGCAUGCUACAUCCGGCUCGGGAAGGACGCUACCGAUAUAAAUAAGCUCGACAAAGUAUUUGCAAGAUGCACGCCCUCGAGAGUACGAAAAAUCAAACGACAUACUCAACGGGAAUAAAAUAGGAAGACUCCGCAUGCUACUAACUAUUCAGGACAACGAGCGACUGGACCAUCACGGGGAAAAAGAGCUGGUUACGCCCGGUGAGCCCACAUAACCCGCUCUAUCCGCCCGCAUACGCGCAUGUACACGUCGUCGACAUGUCCGGAUACCGGUGAUUGCAAAUUUUAUCUUCCCUCAUGUUCCUCCUGCCGAUGCACAUCCCAUUCGACAUGAAACAAUCAUGGGCUCUCUGCGUCCCUCCGAGACCACCCUCCGUUCGAACUUGCCCCCUAUCACAGUGUUAAGGACCCUCGUCCCUGCUAUGAAAUUUGUCACAUAUGAAGUGCUCGGGAUCUGGAGUCUAGCAUAACGAGCAGUUUGAUACCUUUAAGGCGAUAAUUU